AUGUUGCCGACUCCCGGAAUCGAGGCAGCCCCAUUGCCGCCCCCAAGGCCUCGUCGAAACCCUUUGAAUCGAGCCUUCAAGAAAUUGCGCUCCGCUCUGUCAUUCCCCCGCUCCGGAACCGGUUCUAGCACCGCAGGCGAAGCGGACAGUUCUGCUGCUACUGAAAGGGGACGCUCACGAUAUAAGAAAAUCGAAACGGUCGAGUUCUACGUCGGGCCCACCCUCAAAAGAUUCACCAUCCACCGCGACCUCCUCCUCCCGAUCCCCUACUUCCCCCGCCCCUCCGCGACGGGCGUCGAAUCCUUCGAGGAACGCUCGUUCGACUUCCCCGAUUUCGAGGAACAGUCAUUCAAACUGUUCGUCCAGCGCCUGCGCAAGGGCGGCAAGUCCCUUCACCGCCCCACCGAUUUCUACGGCUUGCAGGACUACCUCGGCCUGUACGUCAUCGGCGACCAGUUCAAUUACGAGGCACUGAAGAACGAGGCGAUGGAUUUCGUGCGCGCGUAUUACCGCGACAAGAACAUGGCCGCGCCGCCGUAUCGGCUGGAAUACAUAUACGAGGCGACCAAAACGCCGAACAAGAUGCGGGAAUUCUUGGUGCACACCGCAGCAUACAAAAUGCUCUGCGAGAAAGAGGUCCCUGCGCCGGGUAUGUGCGAGGUCGUCGGGAAAGGAGGCGAACUGGCGGUCGACUUGUUGAAGGCAGUGCUGAACUUCCAUCACAAUGGGAUGACGGAUGCGAGGAGGAAUGAUUUGAACUGUCAGUGGCACGAACAUGUGCAGACUGUAAAGUGUCCGGGUUCGGGAAUCGGGUCAUAG